AUGGGCAUCGCCAAGUUCAUUUCGCGGUACCUUCCGCCCUUCUACGUCUUCUUCGUCGCGCCGCUCAUUGGCGGCCACUCGGACCGGUCGUACUCGUCGUGGGGUCGGCGCAACAAGAACCUCCUCUGGGAGCUCGGCCCGAACGCGAUGCGCACCGAGGUGCUCCACACGCUCGCGGCCGCGAACCUCCAAGACAACAUCGCCGUCUUGCCUCUGCCGUACCUCUCGCCGACGCUCUAUUUCCGCUGUGCGGUCUUUCUCCUCAAGUUUGACGACCUCGACCGGACGCAGUCGGCCAACUCGAUCGCCGAGCACUACGACGACGGCAACGCGCUCUUCAAGGCCUUCCUCGACGACGACAUGGUGUACACGAGGGCGAGCUGGGACGGCCUCCCACCCAACGCCUUGCUCCGCGACGCCCAGCGCCACAAGGUCUAG